UACAACUUAACCUCUAUGCAAACUAUUGUUUGUUAUAGGAUGCUUAAAGCUUAUCCUAUCUAUUUUAAAACCAAUUAGGGACUGAUAAGGACAUUAAAGGUUUAUACAUUCUAUUUUAAACAAAUCAAGGACUGAUAAAGCCAUCAGAAACACAACAACAAAAGAUUACACAUCUACUUGUGCCAUAUCUCAUGACACUGACUAAUUGGGCAAUCUCCAAGUUAAAUUUAGAAUUAACUGGCUGUAUAAAAAGGACCAAUGUUUUCAUUGAGGUAACUUUACAAAAACAUUUGCCAGUAAAUCUAAAACUUCUGAGCUCCUGUAGUGACAAGAAGAAAAAUAAUUUUCAACUUUUAAACAAGUCUUCUAUAUAGCAAUGGAAAGUGAAAAAACUGGAGUUUACCCAAGUGGGUCCACCUACCCAGAGGUCAUGGUCAACAGUCAACUCCAUCUGCCACCACCCUACACUGAAGCACCACCACAAUACACUGAAGCUCAAGGGCAACAACUCCACAGAUCUGAAGCACCAAACAACCAGAGUUACUCCCCAGCUUAUGGUUCACAGCCAGACUAUGUCCAAGCUUUUCCUCAACAAAAUUUUGUUCACCCAUUUGCAGCCGAACACAACCCAGCUACAGCUUUUAGAUACAGCUACGCACCACAACAGCCAGAGUAUGCGCAAGCUUUUCCCCAACAACAAAACCCCCUUAACCCUUUGGCGCCUGGUCAACCACUUACAAACAACUUCUACAGCACACAACACCCAAGACAGCCUCAGAUAGUUGAAACUGUUGGGAUAGGGAGGAGAAAAGUUUUAUCUCAUGUAACAGACCUGGAAACUGGCAGGGAGUACAGUGUCAUGAAAAAGACCAGCAGAAAUGGUCGGCGCAGUAAGGAAAUAAUCAGAGAAGUCGGUGGGCCGACAACCAUUGUCAAACAGACACCAAAAAGAACUGUUAUCCGCCAGAAAUAAAAAAAAAAUGUAGUGGACUACCAAACUUUAGAAUAUUUAUUUAUAAUCGCACCACUUUCAUCUCAGGAAAAAAAAAUUAGGUUUACACAUAGAUGAUUUAAAAUUUUGUCUCUAAGUAAGUUCAGCUACCAAUAUACCAUUUUCAUACAUUAUUAAAAUAUUAUAUCAUCUAAUAAGUCUGGAAUAAAGACCAUGCUAAAAUAAAUUUAAAUAAUAGAUGAAAAGCAUAAAAAAACAACUCGAUAAUAAAUAUUUUUAUCAUUUACAGUUUUUUAUGUUGUUUUUAGAUGUACAUCCGUCAUUCAAAAAAAAUUAGAGUAAUAGAAAAUUAAUAUUUUUAAAAAAUCAACUUUUCUUCUACAUUUUGGUUAGGAAAUAACCAGGUAUGAUAAAAUAUGUAUCUAACACACAAAUAUUGCACUGCUGAUAAUAAAUAUUUUUAUAAAUUAC